CUCACAGCCAAAAAAAUUGUCGCACAACACUUUGAUGCGUUGAGAUCUGCCCAGGUCACCAUUGCGAUCUAUUACCUGCUUUGCGCAACAAUUAGUAGACCUCAUCUACAAGGAAUUUGUUACAAGGAAUUUUUUACAAGAACAGAGAUACGCCUCGCCCAGCCCAGCCCUGCUCCUCUCACCAGCUAAGUGCUCGCCGCAUCGUAUAAUUAAGGUUGACUAGCGCAAGGUCGAUUCUUGUUCCGCGUUAACGACAAGGCGCAUCAUCAUGAGUAAACUGAAGCGUCCUGUACUACAACGAUUUGUAGGAGAUCAUCCAGAGAAAGCUGUGGAGGUUCUGAUCAAAUGCUGCCACGACCAGGACAUAGAGAAAGACAUUAUUGAAUACCUCCUUGACCAACAGCUCAAGUCCACAGAAAAUACUGGUAACAACGAAGCAUAUGUAGCGCCAGCUCCAAAACAAUUAUCUGCAUCACAGCGCACUGGAUUGUUCUCGAGUGAUCCUCGACAAUCAACCCGUAACUAUCCGGGCACGGAAGCGCACGCAGGCUCCCCGAGCCCACCCAAGACACGUUCCAACCACAGCAAGUCACUAUCUGGAAAAGAUGGCAGAGAAAAUAUACUCAUACUCGCCAUGAACGAAGAUGAUGACAUCGAGAAGCAUCCCGCUACAAUGAUGAAGGCGCCGAUCGAAUACAGUGUUAUCAAUAAACACAUGUUCGAUGCUGGACGUAUCUGCGAUAGCAACAUAGAAGAGAUAGCCGAGGAACAAAUCUCGGUACCACGAAGGGGAGCUCCUGGCACAUUCAGACAAAUUACAGUUUCCUCUCGCGCGAAACUGACAUGGAAACGGUCGAAGUCCAAUGCAUCGCAUGAAACAACCUUUUUCUUAGUAGAUCAAGAGUUUCUUGAUAUAGACCUAUUAUUUGGGAGCCUGGACUCUGGCGAAGAUAUGCCAGAAAUAAUGCCACCGCCUCCCCCAAAAGGGCAAGGUCCCAAAUUCAAGGAACACGCAGGUUCUUUCCAUCGCUCUUCUGAUGCACGCCAUGGCUCCAAAGCCUCCGCUCGUGUACAGCCCGACGAGCUCGUCCAAGAUUUUAUAAUGACACAACGUGAGCAAGCAGCUGCUCAAUCGCGAUCUAUUUCAGCUGCAGCACCGAAUAAUCGCACCGACUCGUCACGCACUUCUCAUCCUUCAACUGCUGAUCCUCCAUCUUCCAUUUACAUAGCAAACCCACAAUCUGGCUCCGAGAGGAUCAGAGUUAGUUGUACACUGGGUUCAAGCGCCCUCAGUUUCUGGGUCGAUCUAGACGCCCCAGCUCAAGAAUUCUUCUCCACCCUCCAUAAAGAGUUCGAGAGGAAAAGAAACACCUUGGACCGGGCGACGACGUCGAUCUUGUUUACUUGCGAUAAGACAUCUGAUAAUGAAGGCCGCGAGAUACAGCUUAGUGAAGAUGAGUUGGAAGCUGAUUGGGAAGAGACCGUGGCAUGGAUAAGAGACAAUAAGAGGCAGAAGUCGCCGCACAUAUACGCUGCGCUUCAGUAUAAUGAGGGUUGAAAACUGGACGUUGCGAGUUUUUAUACAGAGCUCAUGUUGCGUAAGGCACGGUCCUUCAUCUGCGUGGCCUUCUUGUAUUGUGAUAGCUCAUAACGUACAUCACGGGUACCGUAUCCGUGCACUCAAUGCACGCCGUCAGUCAAUGCACACGCAUCACGAAACGGACUACAUAGACUUGAGGCUGUAGAGCCACACACAAUAGCUUAUAUUACAAG